UACUGGAGACUCGAGUCCACUGGAAAUAAUUAAGGGUAUCAGUGGCAUGAGCGAUUCACAAGGAGAGCACGAACCUCCCACUGGAAAAAUACGCGAAUCUACUGAAAAUCAAUGCGCACUGGAGGAAUGCGCGGAGAAGUCGACCUCUUUUGAAACAGCAACUUCGGAAACACCUCGAGCUGAUAAAACGGACUGUAUCGAAAAGACGGAGCAAAAGCCCAAAUCACCAAAUUUGGAGGCGCAGAGCACAGGAAACGAUAACAAUGAACAAUACAACGAAGUUUAUCUGAGCAGCAAAAGUGAAUCGGACGAUGAGGUCACUGUGGUGCUUUCGGAUCACGACGCGCGCGAAGACGAGUCCCACUUUAUCACAACCCACGAAAUAGAGCUUUUGGAGUUGGACCAUGAUGCGGAUUACGACUUUGAGACGGGAUCAAGCUGGGAACUCGAGGACGAUCUCCAGGUCUACUCGUUCGUCGAUUAUGCCUCUUUUGACAGCGAUGAAACGAAAGAAGCGUGUGUGAAAAGCGACCAGGCUAAUACGAGCGGAGCAGUGGUCAGCAGUAAGCCUGAAAGCAAUCUCUGUGACGCGGACAAAUGUGCCAGCUCAGAUGAGGGCCUGUCAAAAAAGCAGAUUCACCUGUCAAUCAAAGCCACUUCCCGCGCUGUAAAUGAGCUACGCAACAUCCAAGAUCACGAAAAAGACAAAAGCCGCUAUGUUUUGAGAGGAGUGGAUGCAAAGGGCGACAAAGCGUGUGAUAACGCAAAGUGUUUCAUUGCUGUGCCAGGGCGCUUGCACUUUGGCAGCAAAUUGAAAAGCAAAGAUGUGAACGAGUAUUCCAGCGGCGCGUCCAGCGCGGUGAGCGAGCUGGAUGACGCGGAUAAGGAAGUGCGCAAUCUCACUGCCAGGGCGUUCAAAAGUUUGGCGUAUCCAUAUUUCAAUGCCAUCAACUUUAGCACCUCAAGUGAGUCUUCUGCUUCAGAGCAUGGGCUGGGAAUAAACAGCUGGUCGACGUUUGUUGACCUAAAGUAUGGCAAGGGGCGAGAUCAAAACUUAGUCGCGCACAACGGCUCCACACCCAAAUUCCAUUUCGCCAAAAAGAGGGACGGCAAGGGGAUAACAGGCUUGACGCUGACCAGCAUGCGAGCGCCCCCGGUCGAGAUAUUUGCACUGAACGGCAAUUUAGUCGGCCACAAAAACGCAUCGUCCACCACUAAAAAGAUUGAGCUCAUGGGGAAGUUCUCACAGGGGCAAAGUGGCCUCAUAAGACUGACCGAAACGCUCAAUUUUCGAUGCAAUGUCAAAUCCGGCCAGUCUGUAAACGAAAGCGCUGGAGGAUCACGUUCCACAGAUGAAGUUACACACACCUUGCCAAGCGCCCAAGGGAGCGAGGCAAGCAAGCGAUCCUGCAAUGCAGGUGAAACCAUGGAAGACACACACAAGAAAUCCGUAUUCGCUUCGAGUCUCCUGAAAAAUGUCAUUUCUAAGAAAAUGCAGUUCGAGCAAGAGCGCAAAAUGGAGAGGGGCGAGAUAUGCGAGGCGCACCACGCGCCCUCUCCGUGCUUCGCGAUGCACGAGCACGAGAAAGCGGCCAAGAAAAAUUCCAAAGGGCUGCAAAGGCAAAGCUCGAAAUUCUCAGAAGCCGAUUCCGACUUCACGAUCGUCAGCGUGGACGAUCUCGGCGACAUAGUAGACGGCAAUUCAAGCGAUGCCAAAGACGACGGGCGCAACGAGGAGACUUUGACGAGUGCAUCAGAAACCAAUUUAGAGUCGGCGAAUGAUACUAAAAAAGGAGCAUUCGAAGCAUCCAAAAGCACACUGCUUCGAAGCCAAAAUAGCGCGUUCAGAUCGUGGAGGGACGGCGAGCUACUAGAGUUUCAAAAGGAACAUAAAAACGUCAAAACUCUUGAGGGGAAACCGCAACGCGAGUGUCCGCGGGAAACCAACUUCUGCGUCGAUUCGGCGAGCGGCAAGCCCACUAAAAUGUCACAUUUAUUUGUGCCAAGCAUACAGCUUCCGUCCUCGGAGAGGGACCUUGGGAAACCGCCGCCGAAAGUGAGUUAUUCCACGCGCAAUCGAGGAGAAAGCGGAGCUUUAAAGUGGCGCUCGAACACACUUUAUGUGACAGACGCGACGCGCAGCGCGGUGACAUCGAAGUCGCCCGAAAUCAAAAUAAGUCUGCGGAGUGUACGGGACAACAAAAGCGACCCGUUCAAUAUCGCCAAGCUGCUGACUCCCAAUUUGGGCUGUAAGACAGCUGAGGACACCAGAUGCCAAGCGCUCGCCACGGCUUUCAAGGGUGAGUCCUCUGACAACAAGCCUCACUUUAUAGUCAGAGACAUUAGAGAGAACAAGGGCAAACUACAGACCCCCAUUCACCAGGUUAGAGACGUGCGUAAAUUGGUUAAGAGCUCGUAUCACUUUGUCUCUUUAGAUAACAACGACAACAAAUCUAGCAACUCGACGUCUGAUGGAGAGCAGAAGACGUUAAAGCAGAGUCCUCAUCUGAACUCAGCCUCUCUUUCACCCAUAGUGAUUAAAUGCCAGUCUGUGAAUACAAAUAGCAAUGGAAAGCAAUCCGGAGAUUUAAUAGACCCCCCCAAGAGACGAUUUCCAGAGGAUAUAGUUGAGGCUGACAGGUCCUCUCCUCACGUUGCUGUAGCCAACAGGCUGCCGAAACAAGAGGUCCCAACCGGGUUAAAGAUUGAGGCGAGCACAAGAAAGCAAGAUAAAACGAGCGACGCCAGCGAGAAAAAAGGCGAACCCAAGAUGGCCAACCAAGCCGCUUUGGAAAAAUUGCAAGCUGCCGUCAAAACCAUGGAGCAACUGUAUGUUUUUGACAAGAACGAGUGGAAGAGGAAAAAAGAACCUCGGCCGAUAACAGACAGCCACGUGCUCUCGCUCAUCUCCGGCGAGAAACACGCUGUUGAGGAACUGGAAAGCUAUUCCCCUGCGGAUAGUUUGCAAAGGCGAGAUUCAAUCGAGACGCCCCCUAAAAAAGUCGACAAGUCGUCAUCGGCCCAUCAAGAGCGAAACGUCCCUAAAGCGCUCACGGGAACGCCAAGUAAGAAGCCUCAAACACACGUUGCAUCACCGGCAUCUUUGAGCUUCAAGGCCUUGACACCCAAAUCUCCAAAACUACCCAUUUCCUUGAAGAUAUCUCAUCCGAAGCGUGUGCUAGAAGAGCGGGAGAGGCCCAACGGAAGUGAGACUGAGUUCGCCCCUCUGCAGUUCACUUCCACAGCAGAUUCGGAGAGCUACCUGACCAUACCCGUGAAGCCUCACGCCACGUCCGCAGCCGGCCCGGGCAAAUCCGCUGUUUAUACAAUCCCACCCGGAGGAGGUAAAACCCAAACGGCCAGUCCGCCGUCUUACCUGGCUCACAGUGACACCAGAAGCCGUCAAUCCUUUGUCAUGGAGACGCGGUCCCCGGAUACCCCUACCGCCACUAUUUACCACACACCCCUGCCUGUCACGAUGCAAGCUGCUCAGCCUCAACUCAUUUGCUUCUCUCCUUCGGUUCAACCCUCCCCCAUCCCGACGGAGCACUUCCACACGACCCAAAGAAAGAUGCUGCUGGAUCCCACCACUGGAAGCUACUACUUGGUGGACACUCCGGUGCAACCGGCCACCAGGCGUCUGUUUGACCCGGAAACCGGGCAGUAUGUGGACGUCCCAAUGCCACAGCAACCCCCCAUGACCCCCGUCCCGCUUCCGAUAUCCCCUCUCGCCCUCGGCCCGGGAGCUUACGGCCACACCUACAUGUUUUACCCGGGAUACAUGCCAACCACGAUGAUCCCCGCACGCACUAUUCAGUCCCAGCUCUCCAUGCAAUCCGAAGCAGAUGAUGGGGAUAAAUCCCAUCCGCACAUGGGACAGCAGGAGGAACGAGUUUACAUGGAGAGCCCUUACUAUAUGCCAUCGGGGAAGUCGUCACAAACGGCCCAUGUGGCUCAACAUGUUCCCGCCACCAGCAAGCAGCCCGUCAUCAGCAUCACCUCCCAGCAAGGGCCGAGGAUCAUCGCUCCCCCCUCCUUCGACGGCACCACCAUGAGCUUCGUGGUGGAGCAUCGGUAAAGCGAGAAAAAAAGAGUCAUGCAAGUUUGGAACUACAUGGCGGAGCCACGUGACAUCACCUUGUCUCUUCUGUUUUGUUCUUUUUUUUUUUGCUGAAUUUAUCACCGUAUUUGGGAAUCUCCGUCAUCAUGAAAUCCCCCCCACUCUUUUCCCAUUGUUAUCUGUGGUCUGCUUGUUUAAUGCCGUUUUUCCCACUUGCUUUGUUCUUGUGUUAUAACUUUUUUUUUCUGUCUGCUUGUCAAAUCUUUAUGAAAGUUGAUUUGCAUUGGAUCUUUUUUUUUUUUUUCAAAGGGUAGUUGAAUUCAUGUGCAUUUGCUGGAUACAUUAUUGUAAAAAAUCACUUUAAGCACCCUCGGAAUGAUGUCAGAUUAUAAGGUUAAAGAGAACUUGGUAACACUUUACUUAAAGCCUUUAAAUACUAUAUAUAUAUAUAUGUAUAAUUUGUUUUUAAGGCAUUGUAUGCAAUGCAUUUAGCGGUUGAUUAACAGUAAUUCGUGAAAAAAGAAAAUGCCCAGCAUGCAUUCAUUUUAUUGCACAAUUCUGACUACAGUAUUGUAUUGUAAAAAUACUCAGCUCAGAUUAAAUUAUUUAGUCUAUUAAAAGAUACAACCUUUGGUGCAGUAGUAAAUGUUGAUAUUAACAUUAAUGCUGCAAGUUUUGGUAACUAAUGUUAACAAAUGUAACCUUAUUGUAGUGUUUCUGUUACAAUUAUUUAUGAAAAUGUACAUUAUUACAAUACAUAAAGGUUUUAAGUAAAGUGUUACCUAUAGCUUUUUAAAUUAUGACUGCUAAGGAUGUAAUUAUAUUAAUAUUCUGGCAAUAAUUAUUUUCAUGCUAUGGCUGCUAACAGCCAAUAUUAGAGCUCUACUUUAGCCAAAUAUUUUUUGUCUAAAAAUAUAGUGCUAAAUAAAACCUAUUAUUUUAAAUGCUACAAAUGAAUUUUGGCAUCAUAAUGUAACAGCAUGAAAAAUAUAUAUUCAUGUUAAGAUUUACUAAAGAUCAUUACAUUUAACAGUAUUAAUACAUUAUUAGUGUUUUCAGUGAACUAUGCAAUCGAAAUGUAAAAUAGGCCAGGUUUGUGCACAAUUAUAUAUCUGUAUAUAAUUCAAUAUAUAUAUGAAG